UAAAUCAUCCAGUGCAUUACAUCCUGUCGAAACAUGACAGAUCAAUCCAAACUCAAUCAGAAGUUGUCAUAAAGCUGCGGGUUUUCGCUGAUAUCUCGCGGAAUAACUAUGAAUUCAGAGGCCUGCUCUACAGCUGUAGCUUAUCGUAAAGCUAACGUCAGUGGGUGGAGGUAUGAGCCGCUCUCCUGUGACCAGUCAGGAUGCGCAGGAAACAAGCAAUGGGGUGGAAACCUCUGAUUCUCCUAAGUCCUCUGAUUGGUCAGGAACUCAUGGCUUCUCCCACCAGGAGAUAAAGUUCAUUGAUGGGGAUGAUUUUGAGCCUCACAUGGACACCCCUGCCCUGUCAGAGACUCUCAAACACACACCUCACCACAUGGACUCAUGUAGAGACACACACACACUCCAGUCACACACAGAUCAUGCAGAAUCCCCGCCUACGCUGGUAGAGUCACUGGUUCAACACUCCCAGUGCACAGAUAUUCCAACUGAAGAUGGGACAGACAAGGACACACUCUCCUGUGACACUGAACUAACACACGGCUGCUCUAAAAAAGAACUGGAAGAAUGGAGAAGGGAGGAGGAGGAGAAAAAGACAAGUGAUGGAGAGGUGAACAAUGUCAACAAGAGAGAGAUCAAGCAAAGGAAAGAGACUCUUAUUUCUGUACAGCCAGUUGCAGCGCUCUCAACCGAACACCCUCCUACUCACUCUGAACCUGAUGAAUGGUCCAAUCCUGAUUCGUCUGAUGAAGUCCAUCCAAAUACUUCCAUUUCUCCUGAUGAGGCCCCUCCCCUUGUUCCAGCCCCUCACCCCGACCAGGCCACACCCCCUCUGCUGCCAGACCUGGACGAUUCUCCAUGCCCAGCUCACGUGAUGGCGGAGGUACGUGUGCGCUCUGUCCCAGAGCGAGAUCGAGUCGUGCGUGGUAUGCAGGACAGUAAAAGCCUGGAUGAGAUCAGUGGGGCGUGUGGGGGCGGGGCACGAGGAGGCGGAGCUAGAGCUGGCCAGGCGGAAGGACGCAGAGCCACCAUAUCCAGCGCCCUAGAAUUGGAGGGCACCGUCAGCCAUGAUGGAGAUCUCACACACUUCAUCGCCAAAAAUCUUGAACAGAAGAUUAAAAUGAGCUCGCGGCCGAGUCUGGACACUGAUUCAGACUGUUCUGGGCCUGUGGUACGUGGUCGUAGCUCUUUGCGUCGUCCGGCUGAUAUUCCGCCCAUUGACCCGUCAGUGUUGGUAGACCUGCAUAAACACACACAGGAUGUGGCUCAGAGUGUAGAACUGAUGCUGCGAAGCCUCAGUGGAACUAUACAGAAUAUGACUGCAUUAAGUGUGGGUUAUAUCCAGACAUAUAGAGAUUCUGUGGACAGUUUGGGAGAGUCAGUGGACAUGAGUAUAAAGGGAAUGUACACGCUCAUGGCGCGGUGUGAGGAGCUGGAUCGCUCCAUGCAACCUAUACAUACCCUAGCUGCUCAGAUCAGAGACAUCAAACGAACCCUUGAUGCCCUGGAGACCAUCUGCAAGUAACUAUGGAAACAAACCACACCCCCUAACCGAGUAGGGACUCCACCCCUUGAAGACAAGCGGUGGCUCCGCCCUCUGCAGUCAUUCUGCUACAUACUGUGCAAUGGAACGUUUUGCUAAUUAUAAUGUUUCCUAGCAAGGCUCUGCAAGUGCUCGUGCCCUUAGAGACAGCUUGGUUCUUGCCCUUCCCCUCGGAGACCACAUCUGUAAGCACCUCCUUUUGUCGUGGUUCCUCCCCGCUAGAAAGAUCACCGGCAAAACAGCAUUGACUCCUCCCUGUGAUUUAUGCCGUCCAACAUCCUCCACAUGAGGGAUCUGUUGACCCUGUGUUAUUGGUGGCUUUUGGGCAACUGAUUGGUGUUACUGUUGCCCCUGUUUAUGAAGCGAGUGAAUGCAUGUAUCGGUGGGUGUUUUCACAGAUUGCGUUGUUGGUGUUAAAUGCGCCUAUUUGUAAUGGUAAAAUUUAAAACAUAGAGUAGAAAUGUAACACCAAUAUUUGCCAGUAUGGAAGCCAUGCUCUGUGUAUAUUUGUUCCUCCUGGACGUCUGUGUUUCUGCAGGAUGGAUGCUAUGCAUCCCAGAUCAUUUCUUUUCACAGCAACCAUUGUUGAAGGGAUAGUUCAUUUCUGAUACCAUUUACUCGCCCUCAUGCUGUUUCAAACCUGAAUGACUUUCUUUCUUCCAUGGAACACAAAAGGAGAAAUUUUGAAGACUGCUGGUUGCUCUUUUUCAUGUAGUUACAGUGAAUGGUGAUUGGAGAGCUCAAGCUUCAAAACAGAUGCAAAAGUACCAUAAAUCGUGAAUAAUGACUUAAAUUUUGGUCUGUUUCUCACAGCAAGCUAUUGUACAACUACGGAAGAGUUGUGCACACAUCGAAUGGACUACAUUUAUGGUGCUUUUGUCUUUUUUUUGGAGCUUGAAAUUGCAUUAAUUGCAUGGAAAAGAGUAGCCAGGAUUUUCUUCAAAAUAUCUUCUUCUAAGAAAGGCAUACAGGUUUGGAAUGACAUGAGGAUGAUUAAAUGAUGCCAACAUUUUUUAAUUUUUUGGUUGAAUUCUGCCUAACACAAGCAUCGUAUAGGCUCGCCUAUGAAUUUUGGACUCUUGAUUUCCAUAUUUAGAGUCAUGACAGAUGGCCCAUUAAUUGUUUUGUUGUCUGCAAGUGUUUACCACUAAAAAUCAACCCCACAAAUCAGAGGAAGGUGAGGACAGAUCGGAGGUGAGUGUGGAAAAAACAAACAAACAAACAUCAGGAUGGAUGAAAUUUGAUGACCUUUCUCUGUCUGGCCCUGUUUGAACUGUCUCUCUUUCUUUUAUUGCUGUCUUGCUAACUAUAACCCUGAUUUGUCCAACAAUCUGUCAUUAAUGUGUAUUUUAAAUUAUUAUAUAAACCAAAAUAAAUUUGCUAGAAUGAUCUA